GGCUGGCACUCGGGUGGCAGGAGCAGCGCGCACGGCUGCGGGCUUCCGGCCUCAGAGAGGCAGGCACAGGAGCAGGAGCAGCCUCUAGAGCAACAGCCGGCCUUGCGGCUCCAGCACACCCAGUGCGCUCGCCCUCCGUUACCCGGGCUCUUCACUGCCGGUUCUGUCCCAGGUGGCCGGAGUCUUCCGACCCCUUGGGACCCCCCACCGCCAACAUCAAGAGCCCCUCAGCAAAGGAUCAGAGGCUGCUGGCGCCGGCAGCUUCAGCACCCACCAUGGGGAAGCCAGCGAGGAAGAGAUGGGACUGCAAGAGAUUCCUCAAGAACAACUGGCUUCUGCUAUCCACAGUGCUAGCUGUGGUCCUAGGUAUUGGAGUGGGAGUCCUGGUCCGAGAAUAUGGCAAGCUAUCAAACCUGGACAAGUUCUACUUUGCCUUUCCUGGAGAGAUUUUAAUGCGAAUGCUGAAGCUUAUCAUCUUGCCCCUAAUUGUAUCCAGCAUGAUUACAGGUGUCGCUGCUCUGGAUUCCAAUGUCUCUGGGAAAAUUGGUUUACGAGCUGUUGUAUAUUAUUUCUGCACUACGGUCAUUGCCGUCAUUCUUGGUAUCGUGCUGGUAGUGAGCAUCAAGCCUGGUGUGUCCCAGAACACUGAUGAUCUUGACAGGACAGGCAGCACCCCUGAAGUCACUACAGUGGAUGCCUUGUUAGACCUGAUCAGGAAUAUGUUCCCGGAGAAUCUUGUCCAAGCCUGUUUUCAGCAGUACAAAACCCAACGUGAGGAGGUGACAUCUUCAAGUGAAUCAGAGGUGAACACCACAGGAGAAUCCGUAACAGCUCUCAUGGUGACUGCCCUUUCAAAAAACACCACAAAAGAAUAUACAGUAGUGGGCUCCUACUCAGAUGGGAUAAAUGUCCUGGGCUUGAUUGUCUUUUGCCUAGUGUUUGGAAUCGUUAUUGGGAAGAUGGGAGAAAAGGGCCAAGUCCUGGUGGAUUUCUUCAACGCACUCAAUGAGGCUACCAUGCAAAUCGUUCAGAUCAUUAUGUGGUAUAUGCCACUGGGCAUUUUGUUUCUGAUUGCUGGGAAGAUCAUCGAAGUUGAAGACUGGGAAAUAUUUCGCAAACUGGGGCUGUACAUGGUCACGGUGCUCAGUGGGCUUGCCAUACAUGCCAUUAUAAUCCUCCCACUCAUCUACUUGCUAGUUGUAAGAAAGAAUCCUUUCCGGUUUGCCAUGGGGAUGGCACAGGCACUGCUCACAGCCCUCAUGAUCUCUUCCAGCUCAGCAACACUGCCUGUUACCUUUCGCUGUGCAGAAGAAAAGAACCAAGUGGACAAGAGAAUCACCAGAUUUGUUCUGCCUGUUGGGGCAACGAUCAACAUGGAUGGAACUGCACUCUAUGAAGCAGUUGCUGCUGUGUUCAUUGCACAACUCAAUGACUUGGAUCUGGACAUUGGGAAGAUAAUCACCAUUAGUGUCACAGCAACAGCUGCCAGCAUUGGAGCUGCGGGAGUGCCUCAGGCAGGGCUAGUCACCAUGGUCAUUGUACUGAGCGCUGUUGGCCUACCGGCCGAAGACGUCACCCUCAUCAUCGCUGUUGACUGGCUUUUGGACCGGUUCAGAACUAUGGUGAAUGUCCUUGGUGAUGCAUAUGGAACGGGAAUUGUAGAGAAGCUUUCUAAAAAAGAGCUAGAACACAUGGAUGCCACAUCCGAAGUCAACAUCGUGAAUCCCUUUGCCUUGGAAUCUACGAUACUUGAUAAUGAAGAUGCAGAGACCAAGAAAUCUUAUGUCAAUGGAGGCUUUGCCAUAGACAAAUCUGACACUAUCUCAUUUACUCAGACAUCACAGUUCUAGAGCCCCUUUCAUGUCCAGAGCUGGGAACAUUUCAGGACAUCACCACAAGAGGGGUCUCUCAGCAAAUUAAAACAUAAUUAAGGGGGGGGGGGAGGAACUAGCCAACCUGAGUGCUUUUGAUUUGAUAACACAGACUUCCAGAUUACUUUCUAUAUUGGAUCCUCAGCCCUUGCUCCAGAAAGUAGAGGAAGAAAGAGGGGGAGAAAGAAGGAUAGAAGGAUUAAGAGAGAAGUUGAAUUAUUUGUAUUUUUUAAAAAUCAUCACUGAUGGAAUUUGGAAGUAUGAAAACCAGUGACCGUUGAAAUCACAGCCGUAAAAUGGAGCAAAGAUCAUUCAGUUUUCUCGGGCAUAGGUCAAUUUUUCACUUCUUUUUUUUUUAACUCUUCUGCCAUUCUGAGCCCAGGACUUUAUUUGAAUUCUCCUUUGAUACACGUGUUCUUUUGCUUAACACAUCCUUUUUUCCUUUUUUUUUUUUUUUUUGGCAGAUUAUACUGCAUCCAAAUAGUCCAAUGGAUAAUGUGCCAAAUUUUCCAUUUUGCACUUGUCUGAAGCAAAUUACUUUGGAAAGAAAACAGACCAGCAGAGUCCUGCAAUAAACAUUUUAAGAUGGGUGGGGGGGGUGUCUUGUUUUGUGUCUUAAAAGUGCUAUAUUGGACAUCAAGAAACUAUUUACCCUGCCGCUACCACCAUGUUCAUUAUCGAGGUCUCUUAUAUACAAAUAUUUAUUUUUUUCAUAGAGUUACCAGAGGUCAGAAUUAAACUGUCGAUGUGAAAUAAAUAUUUUCCUUUUCUUCAAAAGCAACUGCAAAGCCACUGUUAAUAAGCUUGGGUGGCAAGGGAGCACUUCUCCAUCGGGGCACAGAAGGGAGAAGUCAGUCUAGCUCUUACUGUACCAUCUCUAUGUAUGAGCCCCAUGACAGCUGGAGGGAAUGAAGAUGACCAGAGGUGGCCUAACCAAUGCUUUAGGAUUUUCAGAACUUAGCUGCUGGAGAGGAAAAUUCCCUCAUCUCUACUCUGUAGAAGACAAUAAGACAGUAUACCACAGAGCCACUCACAGGCUAGAUAAGUUUUUAUCUUACUUAUUUCUUAGAUCCCAGAGCCCCGGCAUCUUUGUCUUUUUGCAUCCAUCCAGGUCUGAAUGAAAGGGCCAAGCUGCAUCAGCCAACCUGUAUUUUACUAAAUGUCCUGGUUCGAACAAACCACGAGGACCAGAAAAGGACUGUGCCUAUGAUGGAUUUCCACGGAGAAGGAGCUGCAUAGUGCCUGAUGUUUGUAUGCAAUACCUCAGGGGAGUCUUGUCCAUUCUUUGAUCCUCAUUAUUCUCCCCUGGGGAGCUGUUCGGCUCUACUGGUAAUCAUUCUCCUGAAGCAUAAGGAUGCUCAUGCUUUGACUGUCCUCCAUUUGUAAAUAAUGCUUAGCAUAAAACUACACUUAAACUGUUGUCCAAAAUAAUCAAGUUUCUGCAGUGUUAGUCCAUUUCAACCUACGCUUUUGUAUUUAACAGAAUCAGGAAAUGUGCCAAAGAAACAACGAAAAGAAAAUAAAUGUGGGUAUAGACUGACUGCACCUUAAAUUAAGUUUGUGAGAUUGAAAAAAAAAUUCUGUAUGUAAUCCCAGCCCCAGAAAAUCUCCAGUGUGAUGCUCUGUGAAUUUUAGAAUCCCAGUAUCGGUGUUGUUUAUAUGAAAUAAAGCUCUCUCUAAACAAAGAAAA